AUGGAACGAAAACGGCAAGAUCGUCGUUUUGUCGCCAAGAAGUCGGUCUGUUCGAAAUACGUGAAAUGUGAUUGUCCCCUAUCAUAUUUGAACAAUGCAGAAAAAUGUCGUCGAAUAGAUGUGGAUUAUACUGUAGAGAAAUUGCGACAACUCGUGUCCGAUCCUGUCACCAACGAUCAUGUCGAAAGAAUUUCACGAUUUUUAUCGGAUUAUUUGCGUGAAAUCGGCGAUGACGGUUACCCAGUCAAACACCUGCCGGCUGUAAUGAAGAUAUUAGAAUUUCUAGCCUGGAAGAGCAGAGAAGCUGAAUAUCGGGAACAUCUGGAUAAGAUGCUGCAGUUAUGCAGUCAACCGCCUUUAUUGAAACAAGCUUCCGAGAGUCUCACUAGUUCUGUCGUAAUAGAACACUAUUUUACGUUCCUCGGUUAUCUCCUAACAAUUUUACCUAAUGAAGAAGAUGUCCAACGGAUUCACGAGGCUCUUGAUUGUUUACUAAUUAGGCAGACAAAACCGAUAAACAUUGCGGCAGUGAAAUUAGAUUUUCGUCGUCGAGCUAUGGAGAAUUCUAGAUUGCCGAUUAUCAUCAUCGAACUGCUGGACGCUGCUAUCCCAAAGAUAUAUCCGAAAAUCUUGGAACUGGCUUAUAUGCUCGCCUCGAUCUCAAAUCAAUGUUGUCACAGAAUGUUGCAAGCUGGGGUACUGAACACGUUGUUAACCAGAAUGGAUCUUCCUUACGCGACGCAGCUGCGCUGCAACAUACCUCCGGAUAUUCCCCUUGAGGGAGAGGAAUAUCCCAGGGACAUCAUGCUGUUGAUAAUGAAACUCUUGUGGAGCCUCAUGAGAUCGGUGUUAUCUUCAAAAACUGCAGUCCAUCUGAAGGAUCUUCCAUCGCCCAAGCAGUGCGCCAUGUGGUAUUCCUUCAAGCGGCAGAUACUUCGCGGUCAAUACUGCGCCGUCAAUUUGAGGAUCAGGAACGACAUCGCCGCAUUGAUCCUCGCUGGAAUCGUGGCUUUACCUUCGUGGGAUCUCGUCAGUAGUGGUAUCGUGGAAGAUAUCGUCAAUCUUUUAUCUGCAAUUGAAUCUGGCACUACUAAAAUAUGGACAGAAAAUGUUAAGUUCUCCGAUAGCGACGAGGAUCUCUUCUUUAAAAAGACCCUGCUGAUGAUCAUCGCUUAUCUCGCCGAUAUCGACGUUUAUGUCUUUGUGAUGGACAAAGCGAUGAUUAUGCCAGUUAUUCUCCGGAUUAUUAAAUUUUGUAUGAAUAAUAAAAACAAUAAAGGCUGCUCUCCGUCGUUAAUUCUUUUGGAGCGUGCAAUGCAUAUCUUAUCACUGUUAGCUCCACAAUUAGAAACGGAAUUUGUGAAGCGCAGAGGCACUCUUAUAUUACUGAUGAUGCUCAAGCAAAUUUUGAAUGUGGAAUUUGACGAGUAUCUUGCGAUGAUUUUUACGAGAUCCGUCUGCUCUAUAAUUCUGCGGGACAACGUUCUUCUUCUGGAGGAUUUUCAAAAAUACGGAAUGAUACCGUUAUUAAUACAAUUAUUCAUCACUAUAAUGAAUUUAGAUAAGCUUACGAUGAGGAGGCAACGAAUUCUAACGCUGCUACUGAUCUCCCUAGAAGGGCUUAUAAAAAAACAAAUGUCUGUUGAACAGAUGUGCGAACAACGAAGCGUCGAGCUUACUUUAGAAAUCUUCACAAAGUGUCUAUGUAGAAAAAACGAGGACUUUCAAAUAGAUCAGCGGCUUUUGCUGGCAAUAGGUGCUUACGUUUGGAAAUGCAUAGUGCGAUGUCCUGAGAAUCUCCAAAUUUUCUUAAAAGGCGGUGGAUUGUAUUCUAUGUUGGACAUCAUUGAGAUCGCGAGUUAUCCUGUAAGAUGUUUGUAUCUCGGUGCACUGACUGAUAUGUGUGAUAACACCUUUUGUGGACCAUGUCUCUGUACCUGGAGGGGCGCUGAUAAGAAGACAGGUCUGAUGUCUUUGCUCACAAGUAUUUGGCGAGAAGAAGAAGACAGAAUUGGCAUCAAAAGACGCGUCGACGAUCCUGAAUUUCCUCAGAUGGGCACCAAGCAGUGGUUAGACACCUAUCGUUCACAGCUUACGGAAGACGCCAGUCCCACUAUAACUGAUAUGAUUGGUUCAGUGCGAUCAAAAAUCUUCAGUAUUUUGAGAAUAAUCGAGAGAGACGGCGACAAAUACGAAAUCGCCAGGGAGCAUUACAAGAUUCUACUUGAUGAAUUGCCAACGAAAGAUCACAUAACACUGUCUUGUGUUGAAAUGUAUCUACGGUUGAAACUCGGCCAGAUGUGGACCGAGCUUAGCAGAUACUUGGAGCAGACCGGCGUCACACCGUUGAGCGUGGACGCGCAUCUGAUCGCCCACAUGGUCCAGUGGCACCGUUCAUGGGGGAUUUUAAUAGAGGACCGUCAGAGAAAGCUGAUUGCAAUGGCCAAGAGGGCAGACGAGAUCCUAGAAAAAGACGAGCUCGCAAGGAUACGCGAUUCCAAGUUGGCACCGACUCUGGAAGCAUUGGACGAUGUAGAUCGCAUCCGUCGUACGACUGACAGAUCGUACAUGCUGCGGAAGAAAAAUCGACAGAGGCAACAAGUGCGCGCGACCCUGUCAUUCCCACGCGAUGCUGAUGCCAGGCAAUGCCAUCGAACGUUCUCGAAUAAGACGAACGUCACGGUAAAACCAUGGGAUUUAAAG